GAUAUACAUUAGCGCUAGCGCCUGUAUAAUUCAUUUUCAGAGAAGUUAUCUGAGAAAAACUGCCUAUCGGGCGGAUACCCCGGGCAGGGUACGGUAUACAAUAACAGACUUUUUCUUCAGGAAGUAAUUUGUAAACAAUUAUUCUUCACUAAAGUUCAUACGAACCAGACUAAUCAUGAUCAUGCAAUCUUUGGAACGGGGUAUUUUGAUGAUUGUAGUAUCUAGCUUCUUGUUUGUGUUGAGAAUAAACUGUGUUACAAGGAGCGAGCAAAGCGUCCUAAUAUCAUCAUUUUUUAUGCCGAUGAUUUGGGCUAUGGCGAUCUGGAGCCGUACGGACACCCCACUUCUUCCACGCCAAACCUUGGGCGGCUAGCAGCAGGUGGAAUAGUGCUAACACAAUUUUACUCCUCCUCACCAGUGUGCAGCCCUUCAAGAGCUGCAUUGCUGACUGGCCGAUACCAGAUGCGAUCUGGAGUUUACCCGCAUGUCUUCAAUGUUGAAAUGUCUGGAGGUCUUCCUCUCAAUGAGACUCUUAUAUCCAAAAUGUUGAAGCCAGAAGGCUACAGAUCAGCAGCGGUGGGGAAGUGGCAUCUAGGACUAGGCAACAAUUCAGUUUAUCUGCCCAACAACCAUGGAUUUGAUGAGUUCUUAGGCUUGCCAGCAUCUCCCUCCCAGUGCCGUUGCAGUGUCUGCUUCUAUCCUAAUGUUACCUGUCAUCGUGCUCCUUGUAGUCCUGAAUAUAGCCCUUGUGCGCUCUUUAACGGUACCACAAUCAUCGAACAACCAGUUGAUCUCCUGACAUUAGAUGACAAAUACGUGAUGCAGAGCAGACAUUUCAUCAGAACCAAUGUUGGAACUGGGACACCCUUUUUCCUGUACUAUGCCUCGCAGCAUACGCACCACCCUCAGUAUGCUGGGAAGGAAACAUCGGGUACAUCGAUAAGGGGACGAUUUGGAGACUCACUGGCGGCCUUGGACUGGGAGGUGGGACAGAUAUAUGAAGAGCUGAAGGAAAACGGAAUUCUUGAGGAUACAUUCUUCUUGUUUUCAGCAGACAAUGGACCAAGUCUUUCCUUUGAGAACUUCGGAGGAAAUGCAGGACUAAUGAAGUGUGGAAAGGCAACAACGUACGAGGGCGGUAUGAGGGUGCCUGCCAUCGUACACUGGCCAGGACAAAUCACCCCAGGCAGGUCAAUGGAACUCUCAAGUACCCUGGACGUUCUGCCGACUAUUGCUUCCAUAACCAAUGCUAAGCUACCCAACGUUACACUUGAUGGCUACGACAUGUCACCGUUCCUUUUUCAAGGCAUGCCUAGUCUCAGAGAAUCCUUCUUCUAUUAUCCUGCGGAUGUUGAUACCGAACACAAGUCAUAUGCGGUACGAUAUAAGCAGUACAAGGCUGUUUUCUAUACUGCAGGCAGUGUUCUCUCCAACAAUAAGAACAAAGAUAUUGAUUGUCGAGGUACAUCGCUGCGUACGUAUCAUGACCCUCCUAUGCUGUUUGAUCUUGAGCAAGACCCUUCAGAGCAGUACAAUCUCUCUAUCAACCAUUCUCCUGAAAAAGACAUCGUCCUAAAGCUCACGAAGAUGAGGGCCGACUUUGAUGCCAAAAUGGUAUAUGCACCAUCUGAAAUGAAUAAGCCAAGGGACAAGAAUCUGAUGCCGUGUUGCAAUCGAGGAUGUAGCCCCUACCCGUCCUGUUGUCACUGUAUCAGCAGCGCUCCGCGAGCUAACAAUGAUCCGUUGGCGCUCUACAAAAACCUAUGGAAAAAAUAACCUAGUAUGCGAUGGUAGAUGGAAAUUGUCUAAUGUUUACCAUUGAGAUAAGAAGUUACCUAGCUAUGAGGCUGAAGGAAAGAAAGGAUUCCAUUUAAAUGUUAAAGAUAUGUUUUAGUGCCUGGGCAGCAAGAAUGUCUUACAAAAUUGUUAUCAUGUAGAUCUUUAAAGACGAUCCAAACUUUGAUCUUCAACUAUGUUCUUCAUUGUGCAAACAAUUGAUAUAUGAAAUGGAUGAAAUUCAAAUCAAUCAAUUAUUACAGUACUUAAAAUUAUGAUAUAUUGGAUGGCCUUCUAUCUAAAUGUUAAAGAUAUGUUUUAGUGCAUGGACAGAAACUGUAUCAUGUAGAUCUUAAAAGACGAUCCAAACUUUGUAAUAAGUUUAUUUGUGUGGAAAAAUAAAAUAAGAGUACCAGAAUAGUAAAAGCUUGAAAGAAAUCGGACAAUUGAUAAGAAAGUUAUAAAUGUUGACACUUGAGAUCACAAAGUGUAUGCUAGUCUAAGGUGGGCUAUGUGGUCAGUGGAUUGUGACACAUUCUCAGUCAAAUCCUGUUUGAGGUAUACUAAAAAUGCUACUCGAAAAUAUGAAAAGCAUAUUACUUAGUAUUGUAUGUCCUCCAAUAACAAAACAAAAAAUCAUUCUAAGUAAUGCAUUUUGGAAAAUUUACAUUCUAGUCGUUUUGUGUACAUCACAGUGACAUAAUCAGCCAUUUUGAAAUUCAUGUAUGUAUUGUGAUUACUACUUACAAAACUUUACAUCUUUCCUAUUGUUUGUUCAAUUUUAUUCAAACUUACUAAUCUUCUUCUCUGAUUUUUAUGCCUCCGCCACCGAAGGUGGUGCCGGAGGCAUCAUGUUUUCGGGUUGUC